CAUUCAUGAGGGCGGCCCGGCCGGCUCUGCUGCGGCCCCCGCGGCUCUGCAGGCGGCGGGCUCCCCGGCCCCCUCGCGCCCCCGCCGCCCGCCCGCCGCCCGCCGCGCACUGCGCACCGCCCGCACGCACAGGACGCCGGCGCCGCCGCAGUCGCAAACCAUGAAUUAUGUGGGACAGCUGGCCGGGCAGGUGAUCAUCACCGUCAAGGAGCUCUACAAGGGCAUCAACCAGGCCACCCUGUCUGGCUGCAUCGACGUCAUCGUGGUGCGGCAGCAGGACGGCACCUACCAGUGUUCCCCUUUCCACGUGCGGUUCGGGAAGCUGGGAGUCCUGCGGUCCAAGGAGAAAGUGAUCGACAUCGAAAUCAACGGUGAUGCCGUGGAUCUUCACAUGAAGCUGGGUGACAAUGGAGAGGCUUUCUUUGUGGAGGAGACGGAAGAGGAAUAUGCAAAGCUGCCCGCUUACCUGGUCACCUCACCAAUCCCCACCGAAGACCAGUUCUUUAAAGAGCUCGACACGCCUCUGACACCGGGUGGCAGUGGGAGACCGUCGCAGAGUGUGGACAUCUCUCACAUCUUGGAGGCAGAGACAGUUUUCACUCCAAGCUCCGUAAAGAAGAAAAGACGAAGAAGAAAGAAGUGCAGACAGGACAGUCAGAAGGAAGAGCACGUCCCUUCUGCUCCUGAAGAUGCAGCGAACGUGAACCUGAGCUCCGAUGAUGACAGAGGGGCGCCGGCAGCAAGAGCAUCUGCAGGUGCUUCCUUAAAGGAAGAAGAAUAUAAAGAGCCGUUGCUCUUCCACUCUGGGGAUCACUACCCCUUGUCUGACGGAGACUGGUCCCCGCUAGAGAACACCUACUCCCCGGCAGCAUGUCCAAAAAGUGAUUCGGAGCUGGAGGUGAAGCCCGCCGAGAGCCUGCUGCGGUCCGAGUCCCACAUGGAGUGGACGUGGGGGGGAUUCCCAGAGUCCACCAAGGUCAACAAACGCGAGAGACCCGACCACCAUCCCAGGACGGCGAUGAUCACACCGUCAGAAAAUACCCAUUUCCGGGUCAUCCCCACAGACGACGGCCUCCUGAGCGAAGUGGAGAAGGACACGUUCAUGGGAGAGGCCGUCUGUACCAUCGUGAAGCCCAAGCCCAGAGCCGCGUGUAAGCAACUGCAUAGUGCAGCUUCUGCCUCGGGGCCUCCCCACCCUCCUCCAGAGACACCUCAGAUUUCACCUGUGUCAGACGCAGACCACCUCGCCACCCCAUCACUAGUGGAGACACCCUUAGACUCAAAACCACCAACUAAAGUAGACUCACCGUCCAAGAAAAAAGGUGUCCACAAGAGAAGCCAGCACCAGGGCCCCGAUGACAUCUACUUAGAUGACUUGAAAGCUCUGGAACCCCAAGUGGCAGCCCUGUACUUCCCCAAAAGUGAAUCGGACUCUGGCUCUAGGCAGUGGGCUGAGUCGGACACGCUGUCGGGGUCCCAGUCACCACAGUCCGUGGGAAGCGCGGCUGCUGACAGCGGCACCGAGUGCCUCUCGGACUCUGCUAUGGACUUGCCAGACGUCACCCUCUCCCUUUGUGGCGGCCUCAGUGAGAAUGGAGAGAUCUCUAAAGAGAAGUUCAUGGAACACAUCGUCACUUACCAUGAGUUCGCAGAAAACCCUGGGCUCAUCGACAACCCUAACCUUGUGAUUCGGAUAUAUAACCGCUACUAUAACUGGGCUUUGGCUGCUCCCAUGAUCCUUAGCUUGCAAGUGUUCCAAAAGAGCUUGCCUAAGGCCACGGUCGAGUCCUGGGUCAAAGAUAAGAUGCCAAAGAAAUCUGGUCGCUGGUGGUUUUGGCGUAAGAAAGAAAGCAUGACCAAGCAGCUGCCAGAGGCCAAGGAGAGGAAGUCGGAGGUGCCGCCCUCCUGCUACCUGCCGCCCAGUGCAGAGGGCGCGGCCAGCGGCAGGUUGGCCGAGGAUGACUCAGCCAGUGAGGAGGAGUCUCGGGAUCUCGACGACUCCAUCAGCGCGGACCCUGUCUGCACGGAGCCCUCAGGCCAUGGCAGCACCUCCUAUAAGAAGUCUCUGCGGCUCUCCUCCGACCAGAUUGCGAAACUGAAGCUUCAAGAUGGCCCCAAUGACGUCGUGUUCAGUAUUACAACCCAGUAUCAAGGUACCUGCCGCUGUGCAGGGACUAUCUACCUGUGGAACUGGAAUGACAAGAUCAUCAUCUCCGACAUCGAUGGAACGAUAACCAAGUCUGAUGCUUUGGGGCAGAUUCUUCCACAGCUGGGGAAAGACUGGACUCACCAAGGGAUAGCAAAGCUCUACCAUUCCAUCAACGAAAACGGCUACAAGUUUCUGUACUGCUCUGCCCGCGCCAUCGGCAUGGCCGAUAUGACACGUGGCUACCUGCACUGGGUCAACGACAAGGGCACCAUCCUGCCCCGGGGCCCCCUCAUGCUGUCCCCCAGCAGCUUGUUCUCUGCCUUCCACAGGGAAGUGAUAGAAAAGAAACCAGAGAAAUUCAAAAUCGAGUGUCUGAAUGACAUCAAGAACCUGUUUGCCCCGUCCAGACAGCCUUUCCACGCGGCCUUUGGAAACCGUCCAAACGAUGUUUAUGCUUACACCCAAGUGGGAGUUCCAGACUGCAGAAUAUUCACGGUGAACCCCAAGGGUGAAUUAAUCCAAGAGAGAACCAAAGGGAACAAGUCAUCGUACCACAGGCUGAGCGAGCUCGUGGAGCACGUGUUCCCACUCCUCGAUAAGGAGCAGAAUUCCGCCUUCCCGUGCCCCGAGUUCAGCUCCUUCUGCUACUGGCGGGAGCCGAUCCCCGAGGUGGACCUGUGUGACCUGGCCUGAGCGCCCUGCUCGGAGAGGUCCUGCGGGGCUCGCCGUGCCACUUCUGCCGGACAGAGGACACUGGGCUGCCCUCCACACCGUCCUGAAGCGGUGACGGGGUGGACUGCCGAGCAGGAGCUCCCACCCUGCGGCCCCUCCCGGUCCCCCCGAGCUCUGCGGCUCG